CGCAAUCAAUAUUAUUAUUAUCAUCAUCAUCGAUUAAUCAAGCGUCUUGUGUUCAUUGAUAUCGUAGUUAUCUCAUCCGCACUUCGUCUUUUGACGUCUAUGUAAGUGUGUAUCUGUUUUACCGCGACAAUUCGUCGAGAAUCACAACAAAUAACUGCGUAGUUCCGUCGCAGUCGCUGACCGUGUGUCCUUAACAUUCGUGUAAAAGAACGCAAUGGCAUUGGAAAAAGAGGAUGGUGCCGUGGAAAAACUCAUGGAGGAGGGCCAGAAGCAGGUGGGAACCACUGGUGAUAAGUAUGAUGAACUGAAAGAGUUGGAAGUGACUGACCAUAGUAUGGAAGCAGCGUACGCAGGUAUGGGCAAGGAAGAACUGAUAAAAUAUGCAAACAGUCCAUUCUGGAUACGCCUCAGAUGGCUUUUAUUCGUCACAUUUUGGCUUUCAUGGUUUGCUAUGAUGUUUGGUGCCUUGUUCAUCAUAUUUAUGACACCUAAGUGUUUCCCUUCAUCCAAACUUCAAUGGUAUCAAAAGAGUCCAGUCUAUAUUAUUGAUACAUCUUUACUUCUGAACAAAAACGGUCUUGAUGAAAAAAUUGAGUAUAUGCAAAAAUUGGGUGUUCAAAAUGUGGUCAUGAAAUCAGUAUUAAUAGGCAAUGAUGGAGAAGUUAUUGAUUUUGUAAAAAAUAAUGUAACUGAAGUAAAUGGAACUUCGUUGGAAUACAUUAUUAAAAAAUUAAAUGACAAAGGUAUGAAAGUGAUGUUGAAAUUAGUUCCUAACUAUUCUUCAAGAUCACAUAUGUUUUUUGCAAGAUCAGCUUUAAAUGAACCCAAUUUUCGAGAUUACUAUAUUUGGAAUCCUGGUUUCAAAAAUGGAACUAAACAUAUCCCUAUAAACAAUUGGUUGAAUGUAACUGGAGGUCCUGCCUGGAGUUGGUCUGAUACACGAAAAGAAUUUUAUCUUCAUCAGUUCUCAGAAAACCAACCAGACUUUAAUUUCCGUAAUAAAUAUAUUGUGGAUUAUUUUGAAGAAAUUUUCAAAUUUUGGUUAAGUACUGGAGUUGAUGGAUUUUAUUUGGAUGAAGUACAAUAUUUGUUUGUAGAUAAAGACUUCAAAAAUCACACUGAUAUUUCGACACAAACAGUGACCUCUAAAUAUAAUUCUUUGGCUGAUAAAAUAACAUCUAAUCUUCCAGAAACCUAUGACCUAAUAUCACACUGGGGAAAAUUAAUAAGAAAUAAUUCUGGAAUAUUGAUUGUUAGUGAUCUUGAUCCUAAGGAUGUUACGGAAGUGGACAUGGUUCAUAGUCCUGUUACACUAACAUCUGAUUUCACGGGAGAACAACUACUAAAUGCGAUUUCUUCAAAAAAAAAUACACCUUCAUCAUGGUCUUCUUGGGAAUGGGUUUGUACUGAUGUUAAACCUAAUUGUUGGGAAAAAGAAAUGUUAGAUGCAUUUAGUAUUCUUGGUUCAUUACUACCAGGUACACCUUUCAUUAAUGCUGACCCUAAACUGUUUGAAGGCAAGCAUUUACCAAAUAUAACAUUAAUUGAAAGUACAUUAAAAGAAUUACGGUCAAUGCCAACUGUUGAAUUUGGUUCUUUAAAUGCCAAACUUUUAAAUAAUGAUACUGUGUUUGCAUUUGAUAGAGUAAUGAGUGGUUCAGAAAACCUAUUAUUUAUUUGGAACUUAAGUAAAAAUGUCACAGUUCUUGAUCUCAGUUCAUUUGAUGGAACUCCAGCUGAAGUAAAUUUAUCACUUUGCACUCCAUCAGCUUGUUCUAUACUUCCUGCUAUCAAUUCGAAAGUUGAUAGCACUACACUGAGUCUUGCUGCUAAAUCUGCUGUGGUUUUAACAUUUUGAGUGGUUAAGUAUGCAUGUCAUAACUUUUACUCACAACCUUUAACUGUAACCACUGAAGAACAAAAUAAAAUAUUUGCUUAAGUAUUACUUUAAAUA